AGGCCUCUGAUUUUUAAAAAAAUACCACCCAAGAACUCCAACCGAAUUCCCCGUCUAUCAACUUUUUCUUGUGAUUUUUGGAAACCCUUACACGCAACCGGUGCCCUGCUAAAGACCAUCCAAGUUUUGAAUCCCUUUGUAGUUGUAGGCAAUUGUCAACUAGCGAGUCUUUUUGAAUUAUCACUUCCAGAGGUGUAUUUAUUUACAACAUCGGUAGAAGGUAGACCACGUCCAAAGAGUUCUACAUACAUACACAAGGAAGUAGUCAACGCGGAAACAAAAUCAUGAUGUCGUCUCUCCGUCGUACCAUUGUGGCGUUUUCUGUCGCCUUCGUUCGUCCUACUACCAUGCUCGACGGUGUGAACGGCCUGCGAGUGUUCCCGAAUACUUACGGGGCCCCCGAUAUUUUUAUGCCCGUAUCCGAGUUCGCGCCGAGCACGAGCAUGGACCAGCAGCGGCGUGCGGUGGGGAGCGCGGCGUCGACGCCUGCCUCGGCGCGCCGGUCGCUAUCGGAUGCAAAUUAGUGUGUCUCCGUCUGGAUUUGGAACACGAAUAGUGGAGGAAACUUCUGAGUUGAUGAUCCUAUGUGUCAUCUUUCUUGGUACUGACAUGAAACAAGCAACACACGAGAGAAGAAAAAACCGGGGGCAUUUAUUUAUUGCAGCGGAAGAUGAUCCUGAACGAUACCGAGAGUGAAACCCAGCAGUGGCAUCUCUACUUCGGGUUCUUGCAUGUCUUUACCAUUCUGCAUGAAAAUCGACCGGACGACGCUCUUUGAAAGCAUUUUCAAUAUGCAUGUUGAUAAAUAUGAAUAUCACUGUCACGUUAGGCAGUGGAACAGCAAGAAGGCGACACAGGAAGAUUUGCAAAUCCACAAAGGCAGGCGACGACGCAGGAACACGAACAGGAGCCAAAUUCUUGCCGAUUUGGUCGAUUGGCAGGCUGUGUGAAUUUUCUUUUUCGUAGAGGCCCCAGACACGACACAGCAGCUGCAUCGCAAGCUUCUCGAACCGGAACUGCUUCUGCGGGGCCCCGGGCUUUUGGACCCGCAGCUGGCUCUGUGGUGUCGGACUCGACAAACAUAGGCCGGCAGCCUCGCGAGCAGCCCGUGGGAAACCAAUAUGCAUUGCAAACAGGUCGCUGGGCUCUGGAAGAGCAGUAGUAUAAUUCUGAAAACGACCCAUGUGCACCCUUCCUGCGCGCGUGCGCGAACUCUGUAUUACAGGGCGGAGGAGAUUCGUGAACCCUGCAAAAGGCAUUGAUAAAUGCAUGCUGCGAUGAAUGAAGCAGAGCCCGAUUUUCAAUAGUGCUCCUGCUUUCUGAUGCGAAUUAGAAAGGGCGUUUUGUCAUUUUUGAUAGCUUCGUGUGCGUACUGUGGUCAGUUUAUCUACUCUUAUGUACAACUAUUCUGUUUCUUUCACCAUUACAACUUCAACUUUGUUCCAGACCCAGAUCGAUGAUUGCACUGGAUAGAAGCGAAACAGCAGGCCACGCUGCUGCUGUCGGGGUUACAACUGAGAAGAAGAACAACAAGAAGAAGAACAAGAAGGGAAGAAGGCAAGAAAAAGGUACGGGUACUAUGGCCGAUGUUUACUAUGCUUUGGAACGGCAGGAACGGUACGAGGAGCAGCUUGCACAGCUGCAGCGUGCACGUGCGGAGUCCGCGCCGGCUGGAGAUGCGAGCCUAAGCCAGGGGGAAGACACCGAAGUCCAAGGCGGCAUUCAACAGCAAAGCCGAAAACAUGUCAUCUCUAGGCGCAGCACCAUUCAGCGUCAGCGAAGCCGAAGCGUAUGACUAGAAAGGUCAUCGAUCAUCUUCUACGGCGGGGGGCAAAACGCACAGGGUUCUAUUUGCUGACUUUGCAAUACAAAUUUUUGUCGAGUGCCCCACCUCUAAGAUGACUGCUUUAUUUUGUCCACAGGUCGACAGGGGUCAAAGUCGAAUCGUUUGAACAUACUUGCUACACGCAAUUUACACGCUGGCGCAAAUUUUGUGUAUGUUCGAACUUUCCGCGCG